AAGUAAAAAAGGAAAGGAACUUUCCUAGCAGCAACUGAAGUCUACUUUCCGCUUGACCCAAAAAAAAAAAAAAGAAGUCUUAAACAACCCUGGUAUUCUUUUUCCCGUGUUGAUUUCUUAUUUGGUAAUCACAAAUCGAGAAUCGCGUUUUUCUUCCUUACAUACAUUACACAGGAUUUAGCUUUUCUUGUCCAAACAGAGACCCUUUUUGUUUUUCCUUCAGUGGAUUGGGCUGCUCAAGUCAUCGGAGAAAAGUUCCUUAAACUCUCUGAUCAGAAUACAAACUCAAGAUCUCAAUUCCUGAUUUUGGGUCAUUUAGAAGAGAGCUAAUUGUGCAAACCCUUUUCUCUGUUCUGGGUUUUGGUGAAUAGAUAGGUUGCGGAAAUGGGUAUUUGUUUCAGCAAGAAAAAGGUUUCAGAAUCAGGGGCUAAUGGGUAUAGAUCGGGUAGAGGUGUUGGUGAUGGUACUGGGCAGCACCAAAGGUACCAACAACCAAUUGUGCAGCAAAAUUACCAAAAAAACCCCACUGAAUAUAUCCAGCCCCCACCACAAAUACACCACCAGACACCACCACCACCACAGCCUCGGCCAGCAAACCCUUCUCAAUUGAAGCCUACUCAUGGAUCAGACACAGACACAAUAUUGGGUAAGCAAUUUGAUGAUGUUAGACAAAGCUUCAGGCUUGGAAAAGAACUAGGUAGGGGUCAGUUUGGAGUGACUUAUCUUUGUACUGAGAAUUCCACUGGCCACACGUACGCUUGCAAGUCAAUCUUGAAGAGAAAACUUAGAACCAAAAAUGACAAGGAGGAUGUGAAGAAAGAGAUCCAGAUUAUGCAGCAUCUGAGUGGGCAGCAAAAUAUAGUGGAAUUUAAAGGUGCUUAUGAGGAUAGGCAGUCCGUGCACGUCGUGAUGGAGCUUUGCGCUGGUGGGGAGCUUUUUGAUCGGAUUAUCGCCCAGGGACACUAUUCGGAGAGAGCUGCUUCAGGGAUUUGUAGGUCUAUUGUGAAUGUUGUUCACAUUUGCCAUUUUAUGGGUGUGAUGCAUCGGGAUCUCAAACCAGAGAAUUUCUUGUUGUCAAGCAAAGAUGAAGGAGCAAUGCUGAAGGCAACUGAUUUUGGGCUGUCUGUAUUCAUUGAAGAAGGAAAGGUGUACCGUGACAUAGUUGGUAGUGCUUACUAUGUUGCUCCUGAAGUGUUGCGCCGGAGUUAUGGAAAGGAAAUAGACAUAUGGAGUGCAGGGGUUAUUUUGUACAUUCUACUAAGUGGCGUACCCCCCUUUUGGGCAGAAACGGAGAAGGGAAUAUUUGAUGCCAUAUUGCAAGGAGAAAUUGACUUUGUUAGCGAACCAUGGCCUACUAUAUCAAACAGCGCCAAAGACCUUGUUCGGAAGAUGCUAACCCAGGACCCCAAAGAGAGGAUUACUUCUUCCCAAGUUCUCGAGCACCCAUGGAUUCGAGGUGGGGAAGCAUCAGACAAGCCGAUAGACAGUGCAGUGCUCUCUAGAAUGAAGCAAUUCAGGGCAAUGAACAAGCUCAAGCAACUUGCGUUGAAGGUAAUUGCAGAAAAUCUAUCUGAAGAAGAAAUCAAAGGUCUUAAGGCAAUGUUCACUAAUAUAGACACAGACAAGAGUGGCACUAUCACAUACGAGGAACUGAAGACGGGCUUGGCUCGGCUUGGGUCAAAGUUAUCUGAGGUUGAGGUCAAGCAACUCAUGGAAGCUGCUGAUGUGGAUGGUAAUGGAACGAUUGACUACAUCGAAUUUAUCACUGCAACCAUGCAUAGACACAAAUUAGAAAGAGAUGAACAUCUAUUUAAAGCAUUUCAGUACUUUGACACGGAUAGCAGUGGCUUUAUCACUAGAGAUGAAUUGGAAAGUGCGAUGAAGGAGUAUGGCAUGGGUGACGAUGCCACCAUAAAAGAUAUAAUAUCGGAGGUCGAUACAGAUAACGAUGGGAGAAUUAACUACGAAGAGUUCUGUGCAAUGAUGAGAAGUGGAACAACACAACCGCAGGGCAAACUCUUAUAGUUUCACCGAGGUGCUAAUCUCUUACAAGCAGAACUGUUGUAUCUCCAGGUUCAGCUUGCAUGAUUUGGAAACGAAAAUGUUUUGCCGGCUUCUUGACAUAGAAACUUCGAGUGAUGGGGAGGAAAUGCUUUUGGCUUUGAUUGCCGGCAAUUGAAGCUAGUGUUGUGCAUAUUUGUUUUCAACUUUUAGCCGUGUUCUUCGUGCUUCUGGUUUCCUUCUCUGCUUUUCCCCCACAACCGGGAUACCGGUUGUCUUUAUGAGAGAAUAUGUGUAGACAUUGUUUGUUUGAAAACAAAGGAUUUAGAUUUGAGUUUCUUUUUAAUACUGUUCUUUCUGUGACAGAAAUAUAUUCACUUGUGUAAUAAUGUUUUCUUAAAA